AUGAAGAGGGUCAGCCUGUACUGCUCAGAGAUAGCCAGUUCCUCCGUGAGCUGCAGCCACCAGGAUCCUCCUCCCAGCCCCAUUUGCAAAGUGUCCUUGUGCCUCCCUGUAAGUGCUGGCAAGUGCCCCGGCAAGGUGAGGGCAGCAGCGCCACACUGGGGGCCACGGAGGGGAGAGGUGGGGUUACCACUUCCCCAGCUGCCCAGAGCCAAGGAGAGCAACACCUUGGCUCUGCUGCUGAUCUGCCUGGUGAAGAGCCUUGCGGUGCCCAGCGGUCUGGAGCAGACGACAGUCCACCCCAUCCUCUGCCACACUUAUGCUCCUUGCCAUGGGGACUACCUGGCAGAAGCGCAAGUGCGGGAUAAGGAAGUUGUUUGCUCCCAUCCUCUCACAAGCCUCUCAGAUCAAUCUCAAAAGUUUCAGAGAUUCACUUACAAUAAAAUAUGGGCUGAAGCUCAAGAAUCCCUCAACAGUCUGUUGCAGAAAGAGAUAGAAGAAAAAGCCCAAAAGCCAGUGAAAGAUCGCCUGGCAGUUUUUCAAAUGCUCGCUACUUUCUACAUCAAAUAUGUGCAAAUAUUUCGCAACUUGGAAGCUGCCUAUGACCAGAUUGUUCACCCACAAAAGCGCUUAAUAAUUCGGCAAAUACUGGAUGGAGUAAUGGGUCGUAUCUUGGAAUUGAAGAAUGAAAUGGUAGAGCUGGAGUACUCUGAAUAUCAUUAUUUUGAUGAUAUUUUACAGGAUCUUAAGCUGUCCCCUGAAAAUAUUGAAAUCCCAAUUCCAAGGUAUUUUAUUAAGGAGAAACUAAAGGCAUUGAAAGAAAGAGAAAGAAUCCUCGCUCAAAUUAUGUUUGAUGCUGGAAUCUAUGAUGGCGAACCUAGAAAACAUGUGAAGGUCAUGGUCUUAGAAGAAGCUGUCAGAGCAAUUCAAAUAGCAGAGCGGGCUCGGCAGGGCCGACUCAGGGCUACCUUCAUGAAGCAGAUCUAUCUUGAGGAGAAGAGAGAGAGGCUAGCCAGACUCCUGGGUACCAAAGCCCUAGAUUUGGAUGCUGCCGCCGUGUGUGUUCAAAGGUUUUGGCGUGGACACUCACAGUGGAAGAAAACUCUACAACUUAGAGAUGAAGAAAUGAUAUUUCUAGGGAUGAAUCCACCUCCUCACUUCCAAAGACCUAGUGCUUCAUUGCUGCGUGCCCAGAAGGUGGAUAGUCUAAGGUGUGAAAUUCAGGAGAAACAUGAGUCAGACUUCCAGAAAGCUCUAAUAAGAAUCAAAGAGCGAGUGAAAGAAAUCGAAGGCCCUGACAUCAAAGAGAGCCUCCAGGAUCAGAUUCGCCAGUGGUUUAUUGAAUGCCGGCAUGUUACAGGAAAGUUUCCUGACUAUCCUGAUGAAGAACAAGGUGGUUCAGCAGCUCUUUUUUCUGAGAAAACUCCAGAGGAGGUUGCUGCGGAACUAGCUGCUAAAGAAGAAGAAGAACAGAAAAAGAAAGGGAAGAAAAAGGGGGGGAAGGAAAAAAAAGAAAAGGGGAAAAAGAAAAAGAAAGGAAAAGGAAAAGAAGAUGAGAAGAAAGAAGAAGAGGAAGGUUGGAAAAUGGCCUCAAGUAACUUUCUCCCAGUAAUGGAAGAAGGAAACAACAAAUACAAAGAUGUUUGGCAGAACAGAGAUGAGGGAUGGAACUUCUCACAGGAGUAUGACCCAGAACUGAUCAAAGAGGAGAAAAGGAAAGAAGUGGAAGAAGAGAUCAGAGUUCAGGUUGAUGAACUAAUGCGUCAGGAACUGAAGAAUCUGAAGUUAGCUGUCGACCGAGAAACAGAGAAAAAAGGCAAAAAAGGCAAGAAAAAGAAAAAAGGAAAAAAGGGUGGAAGGAAGAAAAAAUCUAAGAAGGAGAAAGAUCUGACUCCUGACAGGACCAUUGAUUCUCUGUACCAGGAGCUGGUAGAAGAAGGGAUAUUAAUAAGACCCAAGAAAGUGAAACUCAGCGAUUAUGUGGGUGAGUGCUGCUAUCUGGGGACUACGCUUCGACAGGUAGACAUAGAACCAAUGCCCUCUCUGUCAGAUGUCAAACAACUCAUAGCUCUGUAUGGAAUAUUGCCAUUGGGUUCUCAGUCAGUACAUGAGAAAGCGCCUCUGGUGAAAGCUUUGCUCUUGGCUGGACCUGUGGGAGUAGGGAAAAAGAUGCUGACCUAUGCUCUUUGCACAGAAACAGGCGCCAACCUCUUUAAUUUAUCUGCAGCGAAUAUUGCAGGUAAAUACCCUGGCAAGACUGGUCUGCAACUGAUGCUUCACAUGGUUUUUAAGGUAGCCAAACAACUACAACCUUCAGUCAUAUGGAUUGGAGACACAGAGAAAACAUUCUACAAAAAAGUCCCUAAAGCUGAAAAAGAGAUGGAACCUAAACGUUUGAAAAAGCAACUUCCCAAAAUUUUGAAAACUCUGAAAAUCGAAGACCGAGUACUGAUAGUAGGAACCACUAAACGACCCUUUGAUGCAGACCUCAAACCAUUCUGCAGAGUUUACAAGAAAAUCAUUCUAGUUCCAAGACCAGACUACGCUUCAAGAUAUGUUUUAUGGAAACACUUCAUUCAGCAGAAUGGAGGGUUAUUCACCAAACAACUGAACAUUAGUUGCCUGGCACAAGUUUCUGACGGUUACACUCAGGGACAUAUCAUCAAUGCAGUUCAAGCAGUCCUAACUGAACGACGCUUAAUGCAACUGAACAAGAAGCCACUGACUGCUGUUGAAUUCCUGACUUGCCUAGCUAGGCAGGAUCCAGUAUACAAGGAGGAGGAAGAAACGUUUAAGCUUUGGUAUGCAAAGACUCCCCUGGGGAAAGCACGCGUCAAAUCCCUGACAGAGAAUGAAGAUACUGGAAAGGGAAAAGGGAAAGACAAGGGAAAGGAUAAAGAGAAAAAGAAGGAAGGCAAGAAAGACAAAAAGAAGAAGAAGAAGAAGAAGUAG